AUUUAUUUUGUUGACGAUACUGUGUCAACACGCCCACAGGAGUGUGAUUGGAGGAACAGAUCCUCCUCAGCUUUUAUAGAGAGCCACUGAGCGUGUGCAGCAAGUGUGUUUGUGAAGGUUCGUGCCCUGACACAGCAUGUUUGAAGAGCUCCUGCAGGCUCCUGCUUUGGCCUCCUGGUUGGGGCUUCUUGCAGGCUUGCUGGCCGUCUAUCUUUUGUACUCCAGUUGGACUUUCCAAGAUGAACAUAAGCGUCCUCCUGGGCCCAGACGUCUUCCCUUGCUUGGUAACCUGCAUCAGUUGGAUCUUGAGAGGGUUGAUAAGUCUCUUUUUAAGCUGUCUAAAAGGUACGGACCGGUGUUUGCCAUCUACUUCGGACUCAAAAAAGUGGUGGUCUUGGCUGGAAGCAAAGCUGUCAGACAGGCUCUCAUCAACCAUGCCGAGGAGUUUGGGGAGAGAGAAAUCACCCCUUUAUUCCACGAUUUUACCAAAGGCCAUGGCAUAGUAUUCUCCAAUGGUGGUGGCUGGAAGGAAAUGAGGCGCUUUACCUUAACAACUUUGAAAGAUUUUGGGAUGGGCAAGAGACUCAUUGAGGAGAAAAUCACAGAGGAGUGUUACAACCUGAUUGAAGAGUUUGAAAAACAUAAAGGCAAAGCCUUUGACAACACAACGAUCAUGACCUACGCAGCUUCAAAUAUUAUUUCUGCCAUCAUAUUCGGAAAGAGGUUUGACUUCAAAGAUCCAGUCCUGCGGGAUAUGGUGGAAAAUGACAAAGACAUCGUCCGUCUGGCUGGAAGUGCUUCCAUCGUGAUCUACAAUACGUUUCCAAAGCUGGGUCCUUGGCUUAAAAACUGGAGGGAUUUCAUGAAGAGUACUGAGGACUACAAGCAGCAUUUAUUGCAAUUAGUAAACAAACUAAGGGAGACUUUCAAUCCUGACAUAUGUCGGUGCUUUGUCGAUGCUUUCUGCACACGUAAGCUGAGUCUGGAGGAGUCUGAUGCUCAGAGGGUGCACUACCAUGAUGACAACCUGGUCACCAGCGUGAUGGAUCUGUUUGGAGCUGGAACUGACACAACAUCAAACACUCUUCGCUGGAGUCUACUUUUAAUGGCUAAGUACCCUCAAAUACAAGAUCGGGUCCAGGAGGAGCUUGGUAGGGUGGUGGGAGACCGUCAGAUCACAAUGGAGGACAGGAGGAACCUGCCUUACAUCGAUGCUGUCAUCCACGAGACGCAGAGGUUCGCCAACAUUGUCCCCAUGUCCGUCACUCACAGCACCAGCAGAGACGUCACCUUCCAGGGAUACUUCAUUGAAAAGGGGACCACUGUGCUCCCUCUGCUGACAUCUGUCCUCUAUGAUGAGAGUGAGUGGGAGACACCAAACACCUUCAACCCUUCCCACUUCCUGGACGAGGAGGGUAAAUUCAUCAGGAGGGAUGCUUUCUUGCCCUUCUCUGCAGGCCGCAGGGUUUGUCUUGGGGAAGGUCUGGCCCGGAUGGAGCUCUUCAUCUUCUUCACACACCUCCUGCAGCGCUUUCGAUUCACCCCUGCACCCGGGAUGUCGGAGGACCAGCUGGAUUUGACGCCAGCGUUGGGCUUUACACUCAGUCCUCUACCACACCAGUUGUGUGCUGUGAGUCGCCACUGAGGAGAAGUUGUUUAGAUAAAAGUAAAAGGAGUGUUUAAUACCUUUGCACUCACACUGUCAACUUAGGAUCAAUGAUUGACAUAGUUAACUUUAAAAUGGAGUUUACCUGGAGAUAAUGACCCAUCAAAAAGGGGGGCCACUGUGGGCUGCUGGGGAUUGUUUUAUGACCGGAAGUCAGGGGGGUUUUAAUAAAUCCCCUCAAGUAGUGGGCGUGGCCUCCAUGGACCCACUCGUUAAGGGGGGCUCGCGGGGAAUUGAUUUACAACCCCGGAAGUGGGCAUGUCCUAAACCGGAAACAGGAAGUAUACAUCAUAUCCGGCCGCCAUUUUAAUUAUGUAGUUUUUUUUUUCAAGCUAGCCAACAUUUUGGUGGUAGUCCUUAAUGAUUUAUGACUCCUACAGGCUGACAAGAGUAUUACAGCUUGUAAUUUUGGCGCGUAAUAGAACCAUCUUGUGUGGAGUCCAGAACUGUGUCUUUAAUGGGGGGACGGCGUGGCGAAGUUGGUAGAGUGGCCGUGCCAGCAAUCGGAGGGUUGCUGGUUACUGGGGUUCAAUCCCCACCUUCUACCAUCCUAGUCACGUCCGUUGUGUCCUUGGGCAAGACACUUCACCCUUGCUCCUGAUGGGUGCUGGUAGCACCUUGCAUGGCAGCUCCCUCCAUCAGUGUGUGAAUGUGUGUGUGAAUGGGUGAAUGUUGAAAUACUGUCAAAGCGCUUUGAGUACCUUGAAGGUAGAAAAGCGCUAUACAAGUAUAACCCAUUCAUCAUUUAUUUAUCAUUUAAACAUUAUGGAUGUUAGAGUUUCUCCUAGGAGACCGUCCAAAUACAUGAGAAAAAAAAAUCAGUCUAAGCCUGGGCCCCUGGAGAGGGGGUCCUGACUGAGGCCAAGGAAGAAAAAAACCUCACAGCCAUAGCACACAUAAACAUGUGUAGUGUCCUGGGCAUGACGUUAAAGUGCAUCCGGCAGUGGAGGCUCUUCUAUGGGGUCUUGGGGCUCUAGGAGGUUAACCCCUUUACUACUGUUACCCCAGGUGGCCCUUGGCAAAGACUUAGUACUUGACUGCCCCCUAGCCAGGGAUAUAUUGAAGACCUCAACGGCGGAGCAGGCGGAAGACGGUAGAUUUAAGAACUACCACAACGGCUGCGAUGGCGGAAGAAGGAUGCAGCAGAAAAGGGUCCCCAGUCGAAAAACAAUUUUAUUUGGUACAUGAUGUAAUGAUAAGUGUGACCAAUAGAUGGCAGUCAGACAUAAAAGAUACGUGGUAAGAGGUAUGAUGGCAAUAUGACUCAAGUAAACAACACCAACAUUUUAUAUGUUCCAUUGAAAAUAUAGAACAUUACGAGGCGCUCAAAAAUCUAUCAACAUGUUUUAGUACGACUUUGGUAAGCUAAUAAGCCGUUCCGCUUGGUGGAUUGUCGGCGCGUUAAACAUACGAGUAUAAUUAUGGUGUGUGUGUAUAAGGUAAGACAUAUUAUCUGGCGUUUUGUUUCGCAGUAUUAGGCAAAAGCAACUUUUCUUACCCUCUGGUACCUGCUGAUCUGUAUUUGGGAUCUGCAUAAAUCCUGAAAAAUUGCGCAAGUCCGCCUUAGUAGUCCAUACCGACGACGUAGUCGAUGGGCUUCUUUUUUUUCUCUAUCUUCUUAUGUGACAUUCAUCCUCCGCUGUUGCCAUUUGUAAUAUAAAGUAGUGUAAAGUUCUUACUUAUAUCUGUCAGUAAACUCGCCAUGAAAGCUCUAAAACAUACCGGUGUAGUGAGUUUACAUUAUUCACCCAAGGAACUUUAGUUAUUAGAGUUCUUCACGGGACACAUUUCCAGCGUUGUCGUUGUUAUUUCCGGAAGAGGAGAUGCUGCUCCGUUAUUGAUUGAAGUAAAGUCUGAAUGUCAUUAAAACAGUUAGCUCCAUCUUUUGACACUUCUUCCACUCCCGUCCUUGCACGCUACACUGCUACAACAAAGAUGACGGGAAGAAGACGGUGAGCCACGUAAAUAAGACCGCCCGCAAAACAACGCAUCCGGAAGCGACUGUCAGAAAGCGGCUUGAAGAUGAUCUGUAAAACAUAAUAUAUGCAACAUUUUGACCAAAGAACCACCAUUACAUGUUAUGUAGACCACAAGGACGUGUUUUACUUUUGGAAAAAAAGGAACAAUAAUAUUACUCCUUUAGUGCGCCCUAUAAUCCAGUGCGCCUAUUAUAUGAUGGUCGUUAAUGACUACAACUACUGCUGGCUACUAACGUCUUUGUUUAUUCCAGGCCAGAACACAGCUUCUCCGGCCCUUCUUUUAUAUUUUUUGACACCUUUAUAUGCCCUUUGUUAAUUCUCUGCAGUGGUCCUAGGAUUGUUAUUCCUGUUUUACAUGUUAUUCCUGCUUACAUGUUUCCCUGUCACAAUUCCACAGAAAUAACAUGUAAAACAGGACUAACAAUCCUGCUUUGUUUCAACAAUCGUCUAUUCAUAACAGUGCUGACAGGUUCCUGUAGCCCAUCCAUUCGGUAUAUUACCCAUGACACUAAAAAAAAAAUAUAUAUAUAUAUAUAUAUAUUCGUUUGGUCAGGAAAAAACACAGAGGCUAUUUCAUCCCUACAAGCCUACAGAUCAUCUUCAAGCCGCUAUUUCGUCCCGAGUUUAUAUAUAUAUAUAUAUAUAGUAUGUAUAUAUGUAUGUAUGUAUGUAUGUAUGUAUGUGUAUAUAUAUAUAUAUGUGUGUGUGUGUGUGUGUGCACUGCGGGUGUGUACUGUAACACAUUGUGUAAGUAGGAUCAAGACAUAUACUGUAUUAAGAAAAAGCAAUAUUAAAGCUGAAUAUCAAAAUCGUCUCUGCAUACUUUUGAUUUUUUUUUUAGUAUGGAGCCAUCGGUGGUAAAAGUUUGGAAACCCCUGACCUCUAACAUGCAGUGAUUGGGAGGAGUAUUUUGAUAUUUUUUUAUUUGGGUUGGAAAAAUGUGAAUAAAUCUCUAUUUAUGAUAACUUUGUGUUUUAGUUUGUUGUCAUUAGGUAUUAAUAUUAAAGGUCAGCUUUUUUCAUUAAAUAGGCCUUUGGUGUACAUUUUUGCUUGUUAUAUAUUUUUGUUUGAGGUUAAUUCAUUAAUUGUUUUCAUUUUUUAUUUCAUUGAUGUGCAUUUUUGAUCAAUAGACAAUUAAACACAUAUUUACACACCUAUGCUUGAGAAGGAACAGGAUGAAGAAAAUGUUAUAUUUCCUGCCCACUUCAACAUAAUAAGUAGUCUUACUUAAUGGAUAGCCCAGAUUCACAAGCAUACAAACCAAACAAAUACUUCCAAAUAUAAAGAAAACAAACAAAAGACACACAAAAAAAACAAGUGCAAAACUUCAUGAAGUACAAACCGAACAAAAAAAGUAAUAUACACCUCACGGGAUGAUACAAAACAAAUAUGUUGAUUGGCAACACUAAAAUUGGCCCUGCACUGCAAAAAGUCAGUGUUCAAAAACAAGAAAAAAAAAAUACAAAAAUGAGGGGUAUUUUAUUUGAACUAAGCAAAAUUAUCUGCCAAUAGAACAAGAAAAUUUGGCUUGUUAAGACUUUCCAAAACAAGUCAAAUUAGCUAGCCUCAAUUAACCCAAAAAUACCUUAAAAUAAGUAUAUUCUCACUAAUAACAAGUGCACUUUUCUUGGUAG